AUGGUGAAAAGGCAUGCACUUUUACCAAAAGACAAAGAUGAUCAAAAAGGGGUAAUAAUUGAAAUAAGAGCAGGAACAGGUGGUGAUGAAGCUUCACUUUUUGCCUCAGAUCUUCUGCAUAUGUACCAAAAAUAUUCUGAAACCAAACGUUGGAAAUUUGAGAUAAUUGAGAUAAAAACUACUGACCUAGAUGGAAUAAAGGAAGUUUCUGCAGAGAUAUCUGGAAAUGGAGUUUUUUCCAAGCUAAAAUUUGAAUCUGGAGUCCACAGAGUCCAGCGCAUACCAACAACCGAAUCAAGUGGCAGGAUUCAUACCUCUGCUGCAACUGUUGCUGUUUUACCUCAAGCAGAAGAGUUAGAUGUAGAAAUAUUAGACAAAGACAUUCGUAUUGAUGUUUACAGAUCUUCAGGAGCAGGUGGCCAGCAUGUUAACACUACAGACAGUGCUGUAAGAAUUACCCAUAUUCCAACUGGAAUAGUUGUUUGUCAACAAGAUGAGAAAUCUCAACACAAGAAUAAAGCCAAAGCGCUAACAAUACUUCGUACAAGAGUUUAUGCCCUAAAACGAGAGCAAUAUGAAGCAGAGCGUACUAAAGAAAGACGUAGCAAAAUAGGUUCUGGUGACAGAUCUGAAAGAAUUAGGACAUAUAAUUUUCCACAAGGGAGGGUCACUGACCACAGGAUUAAUUUUGUAAUGUAUGAAUUAGAUGCAAUACUUGAUGGAUCAAAACUAGAAAUCAUGCUUGAUAAGUUAAUACAAUCAAUACUCCAGUAUGCAGAACAUUACAAGAGAGAUACCAAGAAUCUGAAUAUAUUACAGAAUCUGAUAUACCAAGAGCUGCACCACCAAUACCCCAAACAAGAGGAGCAAGACCACUUGUUGAUCCAUAUUGGAUUACAGAUUUAG